CAUUGAGAAGAACGGAUAUUGUGAACAGAUUGACCAGAAGAAAAAAAGAAGAAGAAAAAUGAAGCAUGGGACGGCGAAAACGGAGGCUUUUCUAAGGCUUUGUGCAGUCUUAGUCCUAGUCCUUACGGCAUGUUUAGUAGGUUUCGAUUCUCAAACCAAAUAUUUGAUUUUCAUUUAUAGAAAAGCUACCUUCAGAGAUUUGAAGUCCCUCUCAGUUUUGGUUUAUGUUGUUUCUGUGGCUGCCGGUUACAAUCUGCUUCAACUUGGAAAGUGUUCAAAGUCAGCUUGGUGCAAAGAAAACUUGAAAGGGUCUAACAUAUACGUAGCUUGGCUUUGCUUCUUGCUGGAUCAGGUAGCUGUGUACGUGACAUUUGGAGCAAACUCAGCUGCGCUUGAGGCUUCUGUGCUAGCAAUAAAAGGCGCACAAGAUUUUCAGUGGAUGAAGUUGUGCAACAAAUAUACAAGAUUCUGCUUUCAAAUUGGUGGGGCUUUGGCAUGUGGGUAUGUGGCCUGUAUCCUAAUGGCUUGGAUAUCCCUCAUCAGCGCCUUCAAUCUCUUUAGGCUUUACUCACCAAAACAAUUCCUUUUGUUAAAGGGCAGAGGGUGACAGGUUUUCUAAGCAAAUAUUGUAUAAAUUAUGAAUGUUUAUCUAGAAAUAAAUUUAAUGAAAUCAAAUAAAGCUUUGACACCAAAAGCAAUGGAUGCUUAUAAAGCA